GAUGCGGGUGGCGGAGGCGGCGGCCGCGGGGGUGCUGCGGUGCCUGCUCCCCACGGAGGAGGCGGAGCGGCGGCGCCGCCAGGUCACCGACCACGCCAGGCGCCUCAUCGGGACCAACUUCGGCUGCCAGGUCCUUACAUAUGGAUCAGUCCCACUGAAAACCUACCUCCCUGAUGGGGAUAUUGAUGUAACUAUACUUACGCAUAAACCUCUGGACAGUACUAUCAUUGAUGACGUGCGCAAUUUACUUAAUGCUGAAGAAAAGAACACUGACGCUGAAUUUGUACUAGAGAGUCGGAGAUACGUCGAUGCUCAGGUUAAGGUCUUCAAAUGUAAUAUUGCCAAUAUUGAUGUGGACAUCUCUUUCAACCAAAUUGGUGGGGUCUCCACACUCUGUUUUCUUGAGCUGGUUGACACCGAAGUUGGAAAGGAUCAUUUGUUUAAAAGGAGCAUCAUAUUAAUAAAGGCUUGGUGUUACAACGAAGCCAGGAUACAGGGAUCUGAUCAGUGGCUAUUAUCUACAUACGCGUUGGAAAUCCUAAUCCUCUACAUAUUUAAUAUGUUCCACAAUUCUCUGCAUGGCCCUUUUGAGGCCUUGUAUAUGUUUCUGGAAUACUAUAGCAAGUUUGAUUGGGGCAAAUAUUGCGUAACUUUAGAUGGUCCUGUCCCCUUGUCUUCGCUGGCCAACUUUACCGCUGAACCUGCAGUCGCAAAUGAUGAAUUAUUGCUGGGCAAGGAGUCCCUUAGUGCCUCAUCGGAUAGACUUCUUGUACUUCCAAAAGGUUCUGACAGACAUGACCCAGAAUUUCGCCCCAAGAUUCUGAACAUAAUCGACCCACUGAAAGGGGACAAUAAUCUCGGCAGAAGCAUCAGCCUAGAAACCUUCCCUCACGUACGGAAAUCUUUCUCUAGAGGUGCAAAAAAGUUCAGACAAAUUCUCACGCUACCUUCAGAACUUAUUCCUGUCGGAAUCUAUGCAUUGUUUCCAAGAACGCUGAGGAAACAUGGAACGGGACAAAGAACUGAUCUUGGAUGCAGUAGUGUCUUGCUCCAUCCCAUGCUUGAUAAGGAACCACAUUACAUGGAUGAUGAUGAAGAUGAACCUGAAAAUUCAUUGGAACUGCCUGACAAGGAACUAAAUCUGCAUAAGAGUUCAAAUGGAUAUUUUCUGGCUGAUUACAAAGAUUGUUGUCAGAAAAAAAUCUGGCAAUAUUUGGCUCGUUAUUACGGGAUGGCAUCAGGAGCCAGUGGCAGUGAUGCAACCUAUUUCAGUAGCCACUCAUCCUCACACCCAGAGAAUGGCAACGGCAGCAUGAAGCAGUGUUGUGGUAGCUGCGCAACAGGGGGAGGUUUAUCCGUCUGUAGAUCAUUUAUGAUGCAGAACCAUAUAUUGGCUGCCGCUACUCAGGCAAAUACUUUGUGUGUUACCGAGUCAAAUCAGACUGGUGAUGUCCAUCAAGAAAAUCUGUCACCGUUUCCUUUCUCACCAUCAGAUCUGCUGGAACUCUCAGGAGAUCUAGGCUUGCACUUGGGAUGCCUUCGGAACGUUCAGUAUCACCUGGAGGCCUUGUUUGAUGAGCUCCUCAAGUCAGUUCAGGAAGCAUCUCUUGCUGGUCUGAUAAAUGAGGACUCUUUUGUAGUUCCAACUCUGCGCUCCUCGUGCAAUACUGAUGCAAGACCCCCACUGCUAGCAUUACCUUCUCCCGCUGAUACAGACAGAAGGAACUUGUCUCCAGUCUAUGCUUCUCACAGCACCACAGCAUAUGUUCCUCAGCAAUCACACACUCAGGUCCAAGUUGAUGCAGUUGAUCAGUCGUUCUAUGGACCGCAUAUUCCAUCCGUCGACGGAUGGUCACUCUCUCCAUCUCAUGCUGCCGAUUCAGAGAGCUAUCAUGUUUCUUGUUCUUGGUACUGCAACACAGAGGAGGCUUCGCAGACGCAUGGAGCUGCCGCCUACAUGUCCAACAUGAGUUUGUCGUUGCCCUCUGGAAUGGAUACCCUAUCGAACGGGUUGGCAUGCUAUCAAUCUUCUCCAGUAGAUCCAGAGACCUAUCAUGUUUCUUGGUCUUAUGUGACAGGGGAUGUUCCCAAGACACGUGGAACUGGCACGUACAUUCCCAAAAUGACUUAUGACUAUCACAAGGAACGGGAACGUGCGUUUUUUGAUAAAGCAAGGAAGCAAAGACAGAGGCAACAAGAUCAAGCUUACUCCAGCAAUGAGCAUGCGGCAGCCGGAAAUGGGACAGACCAAGCGCUGAUGGACCAAGGCAAUCCACAGCAGGAUGAUUCUUCAGGCAAUAGCUUCGCUCCAGAAGGAGGCUCCGUUUCUUCCGAGGAACAAGCACCUCCAUACUGUGGAACCAAACUGCAGGUGCCACCACCAACCAGCAAGGCUGAUCAGCAAAGGUCUGAGAAUGGGUCGAGCGAAACGCUCCGUCUUCCAACGCUAGUGACAGACCGUGGAGCCAAACAGGCACCACCAGCCAGCCAGACUAUGAAGACUAUGAACAGCAGAGAACAAAGGUCUGAAAACGGGUCCGGCAAAACGCCGGCGGCGCUUCGUCCACCAAUACUGGCGCUUCCCCAUAACGUCCGCGGCGUCCUCAACGGCCGUGGAAGCCUCCCGGCGUUUGGCAACCGCCGGUCCUCCUCCCCACCGGCUGCCGCAAAGGGUAAUAACAUCCAGUCUGUCCCAGCGCUGCAAGAGGAGGCUCUGGAGUUUGGAACUCUGGGCCGUUUCUCGGAGACUCUCAAGUUCGUCGGUGAAUUCCCUCUCCUGACCGCUCCUGUCAAGAGGCCCGUGCAAUCCCCUGUCUGGGCCGAGCAGAGCCCUAGGGCCGGCACGGGUCAGGCCCAAGUCAAGCCCGUGGAGGCCACUGCCAUAACUGCUCAGAGCCUUAGGCCCAGUAUGGGCGCGGCCCAAAUCAAGCCUGUGGAGCCCACACUCAAAAGAGCUCAGUGCCUUUUGCUGCCGGGUGCAAAUGGGACCCAGAGCAGGCCCGUGGAGGCCACUGUGCCGGCUGUGAAGAUCCUAAGGCCCGGUGUUGAAGCCACUUCUACAACAGUGCAGAGCCCAAGGCCCACGGCCCAAUGCAGGACUGAAGAUGGGCAGCACAAACUGACGGAUGACGCGGAGUUCCCUCCGCUGAAGACUGGGGCCCGCUAUGACGCUGACUUCCCUCCUCUCAAAGCUGGGGCCCGCUGCAACUGAUUGUAGUCGUAGGGCUUAAGGAUGGUGCAAGGGACGCUUGAUUACUGGUUGGUGUGUUGUAUGUUUGCUCGAGGGAGGAUCAUCGUCCGGCAGCAUGAAGAGUCUGAAUCCUGUCGUAUAAUAGCAUGUGUGUGUAACUGUGUUGUAAAAUACUCUAAUAAUUUCCUGCCUUUUUUACAUUUUUAUCUGUAGCCGUAGGAGAGGUGCGACCAGUAUUAGAUUGUGUCUCUCACACAACCCAAAUUUUUUUUAGAAAAUGUAGAAAAUGACAAAAAAUAGGUCUCCCUUUGUACUAUGCUAUAUGUCAGUGGUUUAACUUUU